CUUCUUUAAACAGGAUAACAAUGGCUGUAAAUGGUGUUACUUGCACACACAGUUUGGAAACCUGGGCCGCUCCUUCCUCCUCUUCCUCCUCCUCCUCCUCCCGCCGCAGUGGGGCCGAUUGGUGGAGCCCAGCCCCGGUCCCACCCGCCAGAGGCGUGCCCAGGGCACCUGCCCCGCCGGGAGCCCCUGCCCACCGUCUGGGGUGCUGGAGCAGUGCAUGGGGCGGCAGGGCGCCCGGGGACCCGGACAGCGGCUCGCCGGUGCCGGCCAGGGGGGAGCUUCCGCUCGUCUGGCCCAGGGGCCGCCGCCGGCUCUGGGAGGGUCGAGGGCAGAGCCGGGGCGGCGAGGCGGAGGGAAGGGAUGAGAAGUUGAGGGAGGACGGAGCGGGGGUGCCCUCUCCUCCUCCCGGCCCCGCCGCAGGUGCAGCGGAGCCGAAGCGGAGGGGCUCCGCAGGGAGCAGGGCCUGGGCUGAAGGGCGGCGAGCGGAGCCCCGAGCGGGGGGCAGCGGCGUUAACGGAGGCAGCGACGAGGAGAAACGGCCCCGAGGAGAGAGCGCUAUGAAGCCGUACACUCCAGCUUUCAUCCUCCUGUGGAGCACUGUUGGGAUAGCAAGGGCUGCCAAAAUCGUUGUUGUGCCGCCAAUUAUGUUUGAAAGCCAUCUUUAUAUUUUUAAGACUCUGGCCUCAGCCUUGCAUGACCAAGGUCACCAGACAGUGUUUCUCCUCUCUGAGGGCAGAGAGAUUCCUCCAUCUAAUCACUAUAGAUUUCAGCGCUACCCAGGGAUCUUUAACAGCAGCACCUCGGAUGACUUUCUCCAGUCCAAGAUGAGGAGUAUCUUCUCUGGGAGACUGACGGCCCUGGAACUGUUCGAUAUCCUGGACCACUAUUCCAAGAACUGUGACAUGAUUGUUGGCAACCAAAACCUCAUGCGUACCCUGAAACAGGAAAAAUUUGACCUGCUCCUGGUAGAUCCCAAUGAGAUGUGUGGAUUUGUUAUAGCUCACCUUUUAGGGGUUAAGUACGCCGUCUUUUCCACUGGCCUGUGGUAUCCAGCAGAAGUGGGUGCUCCAGCUCCCCUCUCUUACGUUCCAGAGUUUAACUCGCUACUCACAGAUCACAUGAACUUAUUUGAGAGGAUUAAAAAUACUGUUGUGUAUCUUAUUUCAAGAUUCGGAGUCAGCUUUUUGGUUCUGCCAAAAUAUGAAAGGAUAAUGCAGAAAUAUAAGGUUAUGCCAGAAAGGUCCAUGUAUGACUUGGUUCAUGGAUCCAGCCUGUGGAUGCUUUGUACUGAUGUAGCACUGGAGUUUCCAAGACCCACGCUACCAAAUGUUGUUUAUGUGGGAGGAAUCCUAACCAAACCGGCCAGCCCGCUGCCAGAAGAUCUCCAGACAUGGGUGAAUGGUGCUAAUGAAAAUGGCUUUGUCCUUGUCUCGUUUGGAGCUGGAGUGAAAUAUCUGUCAGAAGACAUAGCAAAUAAGUUAGCAGAUGCGCUGGGAAGACUGCCUCAGAGAGUUAUUUGGAGGUUUUCAGGAAACAAACCAAGAAAUCUAGGCAACAAUACAAAACUUAUAGAAUGGUUACCACAAAACGACCUUCUUGGUCACCCUAACAUUAAAGCUUUUCUUAGUCAUGGCGGUUUGAACAGCAUUUUUGAAACCAUGUACCAUGGGGUCCCAGUGGUGGGAAUUCCCCUUUUUGGAGACCAUUACGAUACUAUGACCCGAGUGCAGGCCAAAGGCAUGGGAAUAUUGUUGAACUGGAAGACUGUCACUGAGAGUGAAUUGUAUGAAGCACUAGUAAAAGUUAUUAAUGAUCCCAGCUACAGGCAACGGGCCCAGAGGCUGUCUGAAAUUCACAAAGACCAACCCGGUCAUCCUGUUAACCGGACUGUGUACUGGAUUAACUAUAUCCUCCGUCACAACGGAGCGCAACAUCUACGUGCCGCUGUUUACAGCAUCUCUUUCUAUCAGUAUUUCUUACUGGAUAUUGCCUUUGUUGUACUAGUGGGUGCUGCCUUAUUUUAUUAUGUUUUGGCCAGGCUAACAAAAUUUAUCUGCAAAAAAAGCAAACAUCUUUGGUCAAAUGAUGAACAUAGCACUGUUAAUGGACAUUACCAGAAUGGGAUACCAAAUGGCAAGUAUAGAAGAAAUGGCCACAUGAAGCAUGAAAAAAAGGUGAAAUGAUCCAACCAUCCCAUGUAAAGUAGUAAUGAAUCAGACCAGUAAUCAAAUUUUAUUGCUGUAACUUAGUCUAACAACUACUUAAAACAUCAAUAAGCAGUUCUAACACUCCCCUACAGUAUGUAAUAUUACGUGACAAAAUUCUAUGGAACUAAGUAAAGUCUUUUUUUAAAAAAAAAAAAAAGCAAGCACAACCUAAAAUAGAAGAUACUUUAUUCUUAAUACUGAUGCAGAGAGGUUAUUUUGGCACUGAAGUUUUUAGAAGCCUUAAUUCUCUAAAGUUAUAUGAUGAUUGUAUUUAUGAAUUUUCAGUUUUUAAAAGCUAAAUAUGUGUCCCAAAUGAGGAAAGGUUUCUUUUUAUUUGCAGAGUUUUUUUCCUUUUAUUUUUUUAUUAUUUUAAUAUAUCCAUCUUUUAGCAGAGAGAACUUAGUGCUAGCUGUGUUUCAUUUGUUGAAGGCUCAACAUGUAUAAGAAUGCUGUUUUUUUAAAAAAAAAAAAAAUUCCCGAUGCUUUUGCAAGAAAUAGUAAGUUGCAGAAUGAGAACACAGAUAUUAAAAAAAUAAAUAAAUCUUAAAAUGAGCACUGAA